AUGGCGAAAGCAGUAUUGGUCAAGUUCCAAGCUUUUGAUGCAACCAGAUGGGACGUAGCCAGUAACCAUCAUUGUUGCAUUUGCCAUGUCAUCGCAUUGAUAUUAGGAGCUGGUCUGAAGGCUCUCAAGCUCUCAGGAGCCAUGGAGGAAGAAGAAGUGGUUGAAGAAACUGAUGAAAUCAUAGAGAUUGUAAAAAAUGACAAUGAUAUCUCUGAGGAUGAAACUGUUGAUCCUGAUGAUGCCGAAGAAGAAUCACCUGAGCCGGGUUGGGAGCGCAAUGAAGAACCUGAUUCAAACAAUCAUUGUGACAAAUCCAGGAAUGGAUUCACCCUCAAAAAGUAA